AUGGCCGCGUUGUCGUCAUCGUCAUUGCUCUUCUUCAGCUGCAUUCUGUUGUUUGUCGUCAUUCAUACCAUCGGUGCGAUCGAGUGCUUUCAAUGCGAAAGUGAGUACGGCGGAAUCAAAUGCGAUACGCCAUGCCUCGGUGAUUUGUGUGUAGUUUGGAAGUGGCAAACGAAAUCCGAAGUGCUGGUGAAGCAGGGCUGUGUAUCUGGCGUCGAUCGGCAUUUUACAGCGAAAGUCGGCUGUCGAACUAACUAUUUGGGAGCGACACUCUGUGUCUGCGAUGAUGGCGAUUUGUGCAACCGAGUAGAGAGAACAGACAACACAAUGAGACCUCUGCCUGUCAUCCGACUUCAAGUCGUUGAUUGUGUCAGUAAAGUGACCGGAACUAGCCAUGUGGGUGCUCAACGUGAACAACUCUGCUCUUCAAACUACUGCCACAUGACAAGAACCGAGACUUACUCGGAGGACUUUCCUCCAGACGUACUCACCGUCUAUAAUUGUGGUGAUAAGAGUGAAUUCGAUUUUGAUCUGCGACUUAGGAAUACCAUAGAUUUUCCUGGGUUGUAUGCGAAUGGCUGCUAUCGUAUUCAGUACCAACCAAUGGAAAGCGUCACUGACUGUUUCUGCUCAAAGAGUCAAUGUAACACCAAACUGCCUGUAGUGCAAGCUGGACCGGUCCGGUUGAUACGAAGCACUUCUGCAAUGGCGACUACUGUUUUUGUUCAGAAGCAUAACGGUAAAUACACCAAAGGUUGUCUUUCUGUGAACGAGCGGAAUAGUUGGAGCCAUUUGAAGGUGGGUCUGACUAUUAAAAUCAAGGAACAACGAACAGAUCAGUUUUGA